UUAACAAAAUAAUGAGUGGAAACGGAAAUCAAAUGAUUAGAACAUUUUGAAUGUAAUGUUAUUAAUGAAUGAUUAAUGAGUUGAUUGAAUGCAAGUCAUUAUAUGACUCAUCGGUCACUCAAAUCGUCUGACAUUUUGUAAAAUCGUUUGGUUUUUGAAGACAUUAAUAAAGACAUGAAUUUGUGGCCAAAUUCAUUGAAUUCAAUCAAUUCAAUGAAUGGUUAUAUGAGUAACGAUUCAAAUGAUUUACCGGACAAUAUAAGUGGACCGAGAAGUCCGCUUUCGUCGGUAACGUCACCCAAACCUUCAGAGACAGAAUUGUUGUGCGAAGUAUGUGAAGACGUGUCCAGUGGUCGACAUUACGGCGCCGUCACCUGCGAGGGAUGCAAAGGAUUCUUCAGACGUAUCAUAUGUUUUAAAAAUGAGAACUCAUAUGUGUGUAUAGGACAGGGAGGACAGGAAGACGGACUAAACCGCUGCCAUAUCUCCAAUGACGCCAAUCGACGAAAAUGUUGUAAAUAUUGUCGUUUCCAGAAAUGUCUUGCAGUUGGUAUGCGUCGCGAACUGUGCGUCAAAGUCGAAGGUUAUGGCGAACGACAUACUGAUGAUGACGACCAAAGCGAUGCCGAGUUUACUGCAGAACAGUUGGAACAAUUCAGACAAGAAGUGGACAAAAGUUAUGAGUUAUUUAUGAAACGCGAUUAUAUUAUGCCUGAAGAAAAUCUGACCUUAACUUUGAAUAAACUUCGGAUGCAAUUAGAGAUUGACAUCCAAUCAUUUGUGUCUAAUAUUCAACAAUUUCGUGAUCUUAGUUCACAAUUGCAGAACAAACUCAUAAUGGAAGCGAUGAAUGAAGUGUUAGUAUUGAUGAUCUACAUCAAGAACAAGAGAUAUUUCAAUAUAAUAAUAGCGAAUAAUCUAUAUUUUGGUGAUCAAAAUUUGGACCAAAUAUUUAAGUCAAUAAUUGCAACGAUAACCGAAUUGUGUAAAUCAUGGAUUGUGACGAACGGCGCUAAUAACUCAUUGCACCAAAUGUUUGAAGGCUUAUACUUAUUGAUUAUACUAAACACCAAUCGUUGCGAUCAAAAUAUUGACAAUAAAAUCGAUACAAUUAGAGAAAGAGUUUAUAGUGCUUACCGUUUCAAUGGGGAUCAAACUGUUGCUAAAGUAAGUCAAACUCUGGCAUUAUUAACAAAAAUGGGUGAAUUGUUUUUCAAUUACAAUUGGUUCUGAAUUGAUUAACAUUUAAUUAGUGAAAACAACAGUUUUUUUAAAUUUUAUAUCUAUAAAAAUAUAACAUAAUAUAAUA